AUGUAUCUGCUCUACAGGUCCGAGCGGAAACGAGCUGCGGUUGGUCGUCGAGAAAUGCAAGUUUUCCUCUUGGGCUACAUUGUUAUAUCGAUAUGUGAGAUCUUCACAGUGGGAGAUUUCCCGCUGAACUCUACAGUCCGCAUCGCGUUCACGGCUAUUCACAUCGGGUUCAUCGUCGCCACUACCUGGAUACUGAUGCUCAACGCAAUCGUUGGCUACCAAUUACUCGACGAUGGCACUCCGCUUUCACUGGCUUUGGUAGUUGGGUCUGCAGCGAUUCUGCUUGUCGGAACUGGUUACAUUGCUCUCGAUACUGGACUGCACUGGACAGGCUACUGGGACAGUAGCUAUGAUCUGCCCAAAAACCGACACAUCGCACUCUACGUGCUUUACCAGCUUGCGCCCCUUGUUUUCCUGGUUGCCUACUUCGUCCUGGAGGCCGUCCUGGUCAUCAAGAUUCUCGGCGAGACGCGCCCGAUGCUCUACCUGGCCUCUGCUGUGAUCCUCUUUGCGGCAGGCCAAGUGUUCAACUAUGUCAUCAGCAAAUACAUUUGUGACGGCACAUCUGGAAAGAUCGACGGCGCGCUUUUCGAAACCCUCUUUACUCUCCUGGCGGUAGUAAUGAACUGGGUCUUCUGGUCCAGCAUUACCGAGGACGAUUGGCCGACGGUUCCGCCUAACCAGUUCCCAUAG